AUGACAGACUUCCAGACGCCGCCAUCUUCUAUGCCAGGAGAGACGGCGUCAGCGCAGGAGUUUCAAGACAUUAGGAGCACCAGCCUUACGAAGAGAAAGGAGUCGCGACAGCCCAACAUGGAAGUGCCGUUGCUGACAGAAGCCGCCGUGCCUCCACUAUCGCUACCGUCAGCAUUUUCGCAGGAAACUGCAGGCGUCGCUGCAUCCCCGCCCACUGUGCCAUUGCCGGUGUUGUCUCUCUCUUCGGCAUCCACGAACGCCGACGGACUGUCACCUCUGCUUCCACCAUCGAUGGUCUCUAGCGCAGGCCCCGGAUUGUCACCAACGGUUCUCGCAACGCCCGCGGAGCCCCCUGCUUCGCAACCUGGCGCAUGCGCCGUUCCCAACUCAACGACGGCGCCCCUUCACCUACCAACCCAGGUACCGUCACAUCCUGAGGUACAGCCCGCGAAGCAACGCGAUGCCAACCGGCCUUUGCUGCUGGGUGCUUCGUACGGGGCGGUAGUGAGGCGCCGCACGUCGCUCCGCGAGCUGGCAGCCGUUCGAUCUAUGCGCUUGCGGAGCCUCUCCGGCGAAUGGGUCAACAGGGGACAGAUGCUUCUUACUCCCCUGCUGUCUCGCCUACGCUCCUCCUCUUCUGGUGGCUCUCCACAGUGGCCUCAACAGUCAGCGCAGAUGCAGCAGCCAGCCAACGUCCAAGUUGCGGCGGGAAGUGGAGCAUCAGACGAGCGUACCAGACUCGCCGAACAGCCGCAGCGGCAUCGAUCCAAGCUGCGUUGGUAUGACGAGCAGCACGACCACCACGAUUCCGCACCAUGCGUUGGUCAGAAUAUACCAUCCUCGUCGCGAACUUCGGGUAGCCUGCCAGCUGAUCCAGUUCAGAGCUCACGACACUCUCCCGCUCUUAAGGCGGCCGGCUGCUCGCAAUGCGAAGAGGCUUCACAGCUAGUAGGGAAGCAUGGGGCUUUCCAAACCACCGUGUUCUACUUUGUCCUGCUGGUCGCCUUUGUGCUACCGUUCCACACGUUGCCAUUGCGGAUCGUCAACCACGACGUCGACUAUUGGUGUGCCAGACCUUCGCAUCUUCGCAACAUAUCGACGGCAAUGUGGAAGGAGGUAAUGAUUCCACGAUCCGAGGAUGACCGUUACAGCAGGUGCCGAAUGAACGCAGAGUGGAACACGACAAACAUCGCCACGGUGCCCUGUCAGAAGUGGGAGUACGCGCAGUCCACCUACGGGUUUUCCAUAGUCCAGGAUUUCAAUCUGGUGUGCGAGCGUGCAUGGUACCUGCCACUCAGCUGUUCCGCCUUUGCAGUAGGUGCCAUCUUCACUUUGAUUGUGUCGGGGCAAGUCGCCGACCGUUUGGGCCGGAAGCCGGUGAUACAGUUCUCCACGGUAGUGCUCCAAGCGUCCGGCGUAGUAAUCGUGUUCUCCACCAUCAUGAACAACUUUAUCGCCAUGCGCCUCUUACAGGGAGCAGCCGCCAGCACGCUGUUCAACACCAGCUUCGUGCUACUGGUAGAAGUCCUGUCCCCGGAGCAUCGCACGCUGUACUCGAUAGCGGCGAUGAUGGGCAAGGUGUUCGGCGCGUUCAUAGCCUCCGUUAUGAUGUGGGCGAAGUUCAGCUGGUACACGCUGCAGGUGACCAGCAUGCUCCCCUGCCUUCUCAUGCUCAACAUAUUUUCGGUCAUACUAGAGUCACCUCGCUGGCUGCUUGCCCGGGGCAACGUAGAAGAGGCAGAGGCAGUCAUCUUGCAGGCGGCCACGCUGAACGGCCAGAGCCUCUUCGAAGUGCGUCAGCAGUGGGCGCGCACGCGGCGGGACUUCGAGCCGGGUCGUUUGGAUGCAGCUGCCCAGGAUGCUCACUGCGACGCGCAACGUGCGCGAUGCUGCAGGCACAACAGCGUAAUCCUGUACUACCUGUGGACGGUGACCACGGUCGCGUCGGAAGCAGCCUCGCUGAAGAUUCACUACCUGGACUGGUACCCUGCGGCACUGCUGGCGCUCUCCUCGCUGCUGGCUUUCCCGACGGAGUGUGUCGCCAUCGUGUCUGCUGCACGUAUGGGACGCCGGGCAUCGCAGUGCUGGGCGCUGGGCCUUGCCGCCCUCGCCUGCUUCGUGGCCGCCACCCUCGGCGACGACAGCGUAGUUCCCAGCGCGGCUCUUCUGUUGGUGGCGAGUGUGAGCGUAGAUGCGUCGCAGACCGUGGGCACCUUGUACACGGCCGAGAUGUACCCUACGGUGGUGCGGUGCACGGGCCUUGCACUGUGCAAGUCCUUCUCGGCUGUCGCGAGUGUCGCUACGCCUCUGGCCGCCUACUUGGGACUUCUGCCAGUCUCUUCGGUGCCACUGGGCGUGGUGUCGAUAAUGUGUGUGACUGCAGCCUACCUGGCCAUGUGCCUGCCGGACACCAUAGAGUGCACCGCGCUGCCGGACCAGUUCGCGGAAGCACCACUCGACACGUCCCCACCUUAA